UACAUUCAAACAUGGCUGCCAUUCCUGGAUCACCAUUUUCCUCGAAAACAUCGAUCUCUCCUUCUAUUACAAGAAACGCCCCCUCGUUUUCAUCGAGCAAAAUAAACUAAUUAAUUUCUUCAUUUUUCCAUCGAUCGAUCGAUCCAUUAAAAUUAAGAUGGCUAAUUCUAUAGCAACCACAAACCCUUUUCUCGGCAGCUCUCUGAAUAAUAAUAAUGCGAAUCCACGACGAAACCGAACUUCCACCGCCGCCGUCAGAAGCUUCCAGGUGGUCGCCCGCAGCGGCGGCGGCAGCGGCGAUCGGAAGCCGGCGGCGGACGGAGACAGGUGGCGGAGCCUGGUGACCGACACGUCGGACGACCAGCAGGACAUCGUCAGGGGGAAGGGAAUGGUCGACGCCCUCUUCCAGGGCCCUGUCGGCGGCGCCACCCAUGAUGCUGUCAUGAGUUCAUAUGAUUAUGUCAGCGCCGGUCUCCGACAGUACCAAAUUGACAACAAUGUCGAUGGAUUCUACAUUGCUCCGGCGUUCAUGGACAAGAUGGUGGUCCACAUCGCCAAGAACUUCAUGAAUCUUUCCAACAUCAGAGUCCCACUGAUUCUUGGCAUCUGGGGAGGUAAGGGACAGGGCAAAUCAUUCCAAUGUGAGCUAGUUUUUGCCAAAAUGGGAAUCAGCCCCAUUGCAAUGAGCGCCGGAGAACUGGAGAGCGGCAGCGCCGGCGAGCCGGCGAAGCUGAUCCGUCAGCGCUACCGCGAGGCGGCCGACAGGAUCGCCAAGGGGAAAAUGUGCGCGCUCUUCAUCAACGAUCUCGACGCCGGCGCCGGCAGGCUCGGCAGCGCGACGCAGUACACGGUGAACAAUCAGAUGGUGAACGCAACGCUGAUGAACAUCGCGGACAAUCCGACGAACGUUCAGCUCCCCGGAAUUUACAACAAUCGGGAGAAUCCCCGAGUCCCCGUCGUCGUCACCGGAAACGAUUUCUCGACGCUUUACGCGCCCCUCAUCCGCGACGGUCGUAUGGAGAAAUUCUAUUGGGCUCCGACGAGAGAUGACCGGAUCGGCGUGUGCUGCGGAAUCUUCCGGACUGACGAUGUGCCGCGGCGCGAUGUCGUAAAGCUCGUUGACUCCUUCCCCGGACAAUCCAUCGAUUUCUUCGGAGCAAUUAGGGCAAGAGUGUACGAUGAGGAAGUAAGGCAAUGGAUUGCGAGCGUAGGAGUCGAGAACAUCGGGAGAAAGCUCGUGAAUUCCCGGGAGAAGCUCCCGGAGUUCAAGCAACCAAAAAUGUCACUCAACAAGCUCCUCGACUACGGAAACAUGCUCGUCGCAGAGCAAGAGAAUGUGAAGAGAGUCCGCCUAUCGGAGAAGUAUCUUAACGAGGCAGCCCUCGGAGACGUAAUCGACGAUACGAUCGAAAUCGAGACCGAAACGUUCCUCGUUUAA